GGGGAUUAUCUACAGUGGAUGAUUAAUGAAAUUGAUAUUUGAAAUCUGUCUCUGUCAUUUCCUAAGACGCCAACGUCAUUUCCGAAAACUUCAUUCACCACAAAAUGGCGCCAGUUCAAGUUCUACAGCUGCUUGCCUAAGCCUACAGCCCACCCUACAACCUACAGCCUACAGCUUUGAUUACCAACAUACAGUUGACAGAGUCCAGCCCAAAUGAUAUGUCUUUCUUUAACCUAACUUUGAUACAGAAAGGUUUUUUUUUUGUUUUAUGUUUUCAAACAAAUCAAGAUUUGAAAAAAAAAAUAAUGAUACAGAACUAUUAAUAAUUAACAAGUUGUGGGAUUUCGAGGUGGUAAUAAGAGUGUUGUUUCUAAGAUCAUCAAGUACUGAAGUACUUUAAAAGUAAACUCCAAUAGUAAUUUGAUUAAUUGAUAAUGAGUAAAACGUGUUUUGUGCCGGACUGUUCUGCCACAGCCGGAGUACUUUUCCCCAAAAAUGACGAACUCAAGCUAAAAUGGCUCAGAAUCUUAGGCCUAGAACACACGAGUCCAAAUCCCAGGAGUUUUAUCUGCUUGGACCAUUUUCAACCUAACGGUCAGCUUCAAUUGCAAGCCUUUAAAACAAGAAAGAGUUCAGACAUAGAAAAAGUUGAAGAGACAUUUGCUCCCAAAUCUAACCCAGUUCAAGCUCCAAAAUUGGUGACAACAAAAUCUGAGGGACAAGAUUUAAAAAAACCAACACAAUUACAAAAUUCCGAAGCUUUUCCCAAGUUUGAACAAAUGUGCAGAUUGUGUAUGGUAGAAUCGUCACAGGUCACAGAAAAUGUUUCAAGUAAAAUUGAUGGAACACGUACAAUAGCAGAAGUUAUAGGUAUUUGCUUAUACCCACUGAAGGUGUUGCCUAAUGACAAACACUCAAAAAAGAUUUGCACAAAUUGCCUCCAAUUCCUCAAAGAAUAUUAUGAUUUUUAUGAAAUGUGCAUAGAAAUGGAUGCUAUACAAUGUAAUCUUAUUGAAAAAUUUAGUGAUGAAGAUAGUACAAAUAGUGCCUAUUCAUCAGAGGAAGAAUAUUUACAUGAAGAAAGGUUAUCAGAUUAUGAGCAGGAUGCUAAAGAACAAAGUAAUAAUGGACAAAAAGUUGUAAAUGGUCAAUUAGAUGAAGAUAAAAGUACAGCACCCAAAGAUAAAUAUGAUAAGGAUAAAGACGAUUUACUAAAAGUUUUAGAAGGCAAGGAAGAUAAUGAACCAACAAAAAUUAAUAAAGCUAAUAAUAUUGAGCCCACACCAAGUAAAUCUCUGAAUAAGAAAAUUGACAGCAUUGAAAUGGCAGACGAAACUGAAUUUUCAAAUAAUGAUGAAGAAUUUCCAAAAACAGACUCGGAAGAAUUUGUUGAAAAUAUUAUAAUAGAAAUGGUUGCAGAAGAAGAAAUCAAUGAACCAACUACCUCAAAAUUACCCAAUUCUAAUAAUUCAAAAUCUAUUAAACGUAAAAGGAGUGAUGAUAAUAGCAUUGGUGUGAAAAAGCACACACUAAAAAAUGAAACACUUACCUUACCAAGUUGCAUUAAACUAGAAGUAAAAAAGCCUUAUAAGUCAACUUUAGGAACAUUCAAAUCAGAAAGAAUUCAAUACAUUUUCGAUUCUAAAUAUAUAUUAGCAGCUGGCUAUUUGUAUGACGUGAGAUUAAUGAAGAAUAAUAUGAGAAGACUCAAGUGUAUAGUUAACAAAUGUCCAGGAAUCGCACGUCAACGCCUAAUACAUUCUAACAAAUUUGAUCCAAACAUUGAAGUAGUAGCAGCACAUAAUCACAACAUACCCACUGGUAUGGAGAGAAAAAAGCAAAUGUUUUUCCAUAUUUUGAAUUCUAAAAUGCAGAGUGACAAAAAUUUUAAUUUCCACUUGUUUUAUGAAAGGACUUGUGAGUUGGAUAAAAAUAUUUCUCAAAUCCUGCCUUUAAGGCAAGUGGUUAAUACCAUAUGCAAACAAGCACCUACACCUCUUCCACCAUUACUAAGAUGCUUCAAUGAUUUUUAUACGUUUAUUGAAAACGAUGAAUUCUUCAGGAUUCAUUUUACUAGUAAUCAUGUACAGUUUUAUCAGACGAAAUGUGAAUCUGAAGAUGGAGGUAAAGCGGUGAUUUUUGGAAAUCUUAAUGUGAUUAAUGACUUUUCUCACAGUAAUCUUAUGUAUGUAGAUUCUUCAUUUGUGAUUGACUCACAAGAUUUUGCUUAUCAGUUGGUCACAGUGCUGCUAUGGAUAAAUGAUACUUUUUAUCCAAUUUUCUACGCCAUCAUCAACAUGAGAUCACUAGAAAUCUACAACAAAAUUUUCACUCUCCUUUACAACGAUAUGGCUCCCAAAUUGAGACCUGCAGAAAUUGUAACUGAUUAUGAAGCCAAUUUAUAUUAUGCCCUUGGGUAUACUUAUAUGGAAUCGAGCAUUGGCGGAUCAAUUUUCUACUUUACUCAAAACAUAUACAAAAGACUAUGUUCACUCAAUUUGGCCAGAGAGUUGGAAGUAAACACGAAUCUGCGUAUGAUUUACAAUAAGAUUAUAAUGUUGCCCCUUCUACCUGAGGAGGAUAUUUUGGAUGGACUUAAAAAUGUUGAAAAGCAAGCGGCACAGUUGGAUUUACAACAUUUAACUAAAGAUUUGUUUGAGCAAAUCUAUGAGGAGUGGAUUAAGAAAGUUACUCCGGCGCUAUUUUGUGUAUACAGGUUGAAUAGUCGUAUAGAUGAAAACGUUAUAGCCCCUUUCAAAAAACUGCGUGAUCUCAUCAUGCUAUCAAAACCUAAAGGUGCUAGAACACUGCCAGCGCCUUCCAUACUUACAAUAAUAGAAAAACUGUUAGAUUUGGAGAAACAUGUACGAGAAACUUUUGCCUCUUCUUCCCAAACUAAUUUGUUCAAAGAUGUGAGUAGUACCCAAAAAAAAAUGAUCCUUAAGGGCUGGAUUUAUUGGGAAAACGAUCCAAAAAGAAAUAUUGACGAUUUCUAUAUGAAAAUUUUGGGCUACAUCAAAUGUAUGGAAAAUCAGCUUUGGAUUUGGGGUUUCUAUCGUUUUAAUGUUAUUGAGCUAGAUGUGUUAAUUGAUGCAAAUAAUUUCACUCCUCCAAUUGAUGAAGAUGUUAAAAAUCAAUAUGAACCAGAAUCUGAAGAUCAAACAAAUUAUUUGCCUGCUUAUAAUGAGGAUUUGAAAAUUCAAAACGCAUCAGAAGAUCAAGUAAUUGAAGGAUCAUUGGAGAAUGUACCUGAACAACUAGAAGCAGAGUAUUAUAGAGAUCAAGAAAUAAUCGAAGAGUAUUACAUUGAAGAAGGUGGUGUAAUAAGGAAAUUCACAAAUGAACAAUGCACUGAAAAUUUUAUUGAGGAAUUAACUACUGAUGAAUUAGGCGCUGCUCAACAAUUAUUAGAACCAAAAAUUGAGGAGACACCCCAAGUGACAGAUGAAUCUGACCAAAACAUUGAGCCCAUGUAUAAUUUUAUAUAUCAAUAAAGACUGAUUAAUUUCUGCAAACCAUAAGUGCGUAGUUAAAUAA